ACUACCAAAACCAUCACCAUGGGCAAGAUCAUCCUUUUCGAGGAGAAGAACUUCCAGGGCCGCUCAUACGAGUGCCUGAACGACUGCCCAGAGCUGACCUCUGUUCUGAGCCGCUGCCAGUCCUGCCGUGUGGAGAAUGGCUGCUUCAUGGUCUAUGAGCGCUCCAACUUCCUGGGCAACCAAGUGUUCCUUAAAAGAGGAGAGUACCAAGACCUGCAGCGCAUGCUGAGUAUGGGAGUGACCCUCGAGUCCAUUAAAUCCUGUAGAAUGAUCCCCUUACACCGAGGCCAGUUCAAGAUUAAGAUCUUCGAGCGAGAGAACCUGAGCGGCCAGUCCAACGAACUGCAGGAGGACUGUGACAACAUCAUGGAGCGCUUCCGCAUGAACGACAUCCUGUCCUGCCAAGUGAUGGAGGGUCACUGGCUGAUGUUCGAGCAGCCCAACUUCCGUGGCAGGAUGAUCUAUGUGAAGCCCGGAGAGCACCGCAGCCUCAAGGAGAUGGGCCUGAGUGGCAUCAGGAUCAUCAGCUUGAGGCGUAUCACUGACAUGUGUUAG